UUAUUAAAAAAUGUAUCAGCCCCAAGCAAAACGCCGUUAUCAAAGUCAGCUUACCUGAAUGCUCGGUAAAGAGGGUAGACCACCCAUAAGCCUGAUUAAUAAAAACGAGACCAGGUCUGUGAGGCUUAACAGUCAUUUCUCAGCGUGGUCAGCUGGUCACGCAUAGCAAGAUGCUGAGGACACGAUCUUGUGGCUUUGGCAGUGUCUGAAUCCGGGAAGCCCGGCCCCAGAGCUCAGGAAUGAGCCGUUAGGUCCUCAGACACCCAGACCGAGAGAUGGACAUGUGUUUGACUGCCGACAGACAGGCUAGUUACAGGAAACUAUAAAUCAGCACAGGCAAAGCUGCCAGGAAUUCUUCACGAAGGACACUCUUUAUGAGUUGCUUCCCUUUAUUUAAAGCUAAGAAGAGGAUUCAACGAUCAAAAGCGCUCUUAGUUAAGAACGAACAGGUCACGGAGCAUUAAAAGAGCUCUUAAAGCACUGUUUGCUCUGUGCGAGAGGUGAGAUGGAAAGGAACUCUUGCGCGAGCUCUGACUUGCAGAUGAAGUGUGGAAACACCCUGGUGUUAUUCAGGACAGAAAAUGGAGGACAGCUGCAUGCAUUCUGGACCAGGCAGGAGAAACAGUGGUUGCUAACGGCACGUCCGGCCAGUUUUGUUGCAUAAUAAGAAACCCAAGCAUAGUUUCAGACUCUGGAGUAAGUAGCCUGCCAGUUCUAGCGACGGUACUGCAGCUGAACUGCCGCUCAGGAAGUUUUGUGUAUGUUUAGCUCAUAAAAUCCAAACCUGUACAUCUGAAGUGGCCCAAGAAAGCCGAUGAAAAGACGUGACCCGGCAGACCAUGUCCACCGUGUUUCUCCGGACAAUGUUGUUCUUUUUGCUAUCUGAGACGACGGCUCAAACGGUCCCUUAAAACCAUGGCACUGCUCAGAGUGGGCCGCACCACAGACUGUCAGAGGCCUGAGCCUGGUGUAUUGUGCUCUCUGCUUCUCACAUCGGCUGAAUAAUCAUCACAGAGGAUCUCUUGUUCUCGCAUCACUCAAACAUACUGGCCUCAGAGGAACCCAGAAGAUGGCGUGCAGUCCGAUGAGUUUUGCAGUGCUGUGCUGCAUACUGUGGCUCGCCGCGCCUGCCUUCCUGCACUCCGAAUGUAAGGUGGCCUACGUGACCGAACACAGCGUGUACAUGUGCUCGUGCGCCCAGGAUCUGGCCUUCUGCGAGAAGAUGAACUCCAGCGAGUUCAGCAGCUGCAGGGACGAGUCAUCUGUCCUUCUCAAGGCAGAGAGUCCCAGCCCGGUUCACAAAAAGCAUCUGACUGUGUACUACAGCUCGCCUCUUAACGUGGCCCUGCUGCUGAACAACUCCGAGGUCCGUCACCUCACUCUGGUCCAGUGCAAGCCCGCCGCCGAGCGGCCCGUCCCGGCUGAGUACUUCACAGUGCAGCGCUUGGAGAAGCUAAUGGUCAUGUAUCCCUUCUGGAAGCCCAAACAAAGCUACGACAUUAUUGUAGGCAAGGACAGGGACGCCCCUUACCACGAGGAGGCCAGGAUCGCCGUCAUUCAUACCUCUGUGCUGGCUGGAAAAACAGAGCUCAAGUCCUACACGGUCCAAACCAAAGUGGACAGCAGUGGAAUGUUGGCCUUCCCCAACGUUUUUGUGUCUAGCAACGAGCUUUCAGAAAUGUCCAGGAUAUUUGUCACUUUUCUGUACUGAGAGGCAUUUUUUUUGAGGAAUUUAAAAGCUUUGUUGUAGGCGGUAUAACACAAAUAGCUGGUGUGCAUAAUUAAAGUGCCCCUAUUAACGGAUUUUACGUUUCAUGUAGUGUGUAAUACAGCUCUAAGUGAAUGAAAAAAAACUGCAAAGUUUUCUAAAAUGCACUGUGCACAAAGUUAUUUCUCUCAAAAGUAAGAAUCAUUGAAACGAGUCAAAAUGAUCUCCAUGAUCUUUUGGAGAUGGUCUGAAUAAAAAUGCGAAUAGAUUUUUUUGCCAAUCGGUGCCAUUUUUGGAUAACAGAUUUAAAUGAAAACGACCAAUCACUGAAAGUGUUUGGAAAAAUACAUUUUUAAACGAACCGCUCGCGCGGGAAAAAUAAAUGUGUUUUUGACCUUGCUUGCAUGUCAACAUGUUGUUUGGGACUCCCAAAGCCAAAAUACGAACUGUUCAUAAACCAGGGGCACUUUAAUAAUUGAUAUGCUUAUAGAAAUACUUAUUGCAUACAUUGCAAACAUCAAAAACAAGAGGUUUGGGUCACACUUUAAAAUACUGUUCCAUCGUUAAUGAGUGACAGGAACAAAUGAUGCACUAUUAUCAUUGGAAAAACUACUAUUGCCUAACAAGAAACUCUAAUAAUUUAGUAAGUAAUAGCACUCAGCUGAAACUGGUAGUUCACAAUUAGCUAACACUAUUUUUCAUAUAUUCUGGAGAACUCCUUUACUGUAUGCAGGUUUAUAACUAAUGCAUAAUAAAUAAUGAUUUCCAAAAUGAAGAUAAUGGUGACCCUAGUGGGUAAUGACUCAAGUACACUACUAAUUAUUUGGCUUUUAAGACAUAUGUAAGUUUUGAGAUGUAUGUAAGGUUUUGGAUAGUAAUGGCUCAAGUGUUACAACCUCCUUCUGAAGAUACUACUAGUUAUAUGGAUCAUAUUUUAAUUACCUAUUACUUACUACUUCAUUAAUCAGAGUUUCUUGUUAGUUAGUAGUGGUUACUAGAGCGCUAAUGCAUUGCUCAUGUGUUCUUGUGUAGUUAUUAAAGAUGGAACUGUAUUCUAAAUGUCACCGAGGUUUGCAGGCUUUGCACAUUUCGUGUGUUUUGCGCAUACGCUGCUGUUUUACUGAGGAUUUAAUUCUCCUAAGAUGUUUUGUAUGCACAAAUAAAUGGGAUAAUAUUGCUUUUUUAAAAUGUAUUUAUACAAAUAAAAAUGGAUUUUCAGCAAUUGUGCGAUGCUGUCGUUCACGGGUCUAAUCGUGAGGGUAGACCUGAGAGGUAGUCAUCCGUAACGCUUGUUUAAAAAACAACCCAGGCUCGUAUAAAAAUCAAAAGCAAAAGUAUAAGCAAAUGUGAGAUAAUAAUGCAUUCGCUGCAGCAAUCCUGCCGUUUUAGCUUGUAUCUGCAUGUCUUUGACUCAUAUCUGAGCGUUCCGCAUCCCAGGUGCGUUUCUGCGCCAGCUGAGCUACUGAGCAGAUUGAAUAGAUCAGAAGAGGACUGGUACGGAACUGGUAGGCAGUCAUUUGUGUGCAGAGGAGUAAAGGUGUUGCUGUUCCACUGCCUCUAGUGUUCGUUUCACUUGGAAACUGCAUGUGGCUUGUUUUGUAGUCAUGCAGAGUUUUUCUUAUUCAUGAUAGACUAAAUGCACAGACAUAGUAACGUAAGAUAUAUAGACAAGUUGCUUCCAGAAGGGCCAUCCAGUGUAAAAUAUACUCAUUGCAACCAAAAUAAAAGAGAAUGUAUAUAUUUUUUUCAGGCACCAAAUGUAUAGUCUACCACUUAAAGGUUAUUUCAGAAUUAUGCA